UGUAUACAUUUCACACGCGUGACAAUGGCGACACUCACUCUCUUCUCAUCUCAUCUUCUCCGACGUCUCUCCCCUUCCAAAUUCCCUUCGAUCCCUCGCAAUCCCUCCAUCGCUUCCACUCCAUCAUCGCAGGGUCUUAAUCGGUUCGGAAAGAGCUUGUCAUCGAUGGCAGCUUCGUCGGAGCCCAAGGAGUCGCCGGCCAACAAUCCUGGCCUUCAGACGGAUCUGGAUGAUGCCACCAAAGGCUAUUUCUUGCAGCAAACUAUGUUCCGGGUUAAGGAUCCGAAAGUUAGCUUGGAUUUCUACUCUCGUGUGCUUGGCAUGUCAUUAUUAAAGAGGUUGGAUUUCCCAGAAAUGAAGUUCAGCUUGUACUUUCUGGGCUAUGAGAAUACUGCGUCGGCACCAGCUGAUCCAACUCAACGAACAGUUUGGACUUUUGGUCAGAAGGCCACACUAGAGCUGACACAUAACUGGGGAACUGAAAGUGAUCCUGAUUUUAAAGGCUACCAUAAUGGCAAUUCUGAGCCACGUGGAUUUGGCCAUAUAGGCAUUACGGUUGAUGACACGUACAAGGCAUGUGAGCGCUUCGAAUGCUUGGGAGUGGAGUUUGUGAAGAAGCCUGAUGAUGGAAAAAUGAAGGGCAUUGCAUUCAUUAAAGACCCUGAUGGCUAUUGGAUUGAAAUUUUUGACCUGAACAGAAUUGGCAAUGUGACUAAAACUGCUUCUUGAGAAAAUUUCGCAUGUGUUUUUGGAAUCUAGAGAUAAGUUGCAUGAAGUCUCUCAAUGGUGGCAAUUGUAUUGGUGAAAAAUUCCUUUGUUUUAUCUGGCUGUUUUGACUUUUCAAAACAUUAGUUUGCAUGAAAAAAAAAUACCUACUGGGGGCUCCAUGCAAUUUUAUAAGUUUGGCGA